AUGAAUGAGACCGACAAUGAGGGCGUGGCAGAGAAGGGUAUCGCAGUCCACGAGGACUGCGACGACAGCGCGUUCAGGGCCGGGGCGGCGUGGACGGACAACAUGAGCGAUGCGAAUGGUAGUGGUCUGACGCAAGAGAUUGAACGAAUCGUUGUUUCGUCGCUGUCUCUGGUGAACCCGAGGGCAAUAGCUUCGACGCCCAUUCUUCUGUCCUUUCUGAUCUGGAUCGGUGUCAAACGUGUGCAAGUUGACCAUAGUCUUCUUAUUUUGCUUCAACAGACGAAGGCUUGGCCGUCCGAUCUGCUUAUCUUAUGGGUCUCAUUUGGGAAGUAG